AGGAAUUGGAUGUUCGUGAUUGCAAAAAUUUAGUCGAAAUUCAAGGUCUCGAUACGUUGAUGUUCUUAGAAGAGCUGAGCAUCUCCGAGUGCGCUUCAAUUGAAAGUCUGCUCCUUCCAAAAUCCGGGAGUUUGAAGAAAUUGGAGGCUACAUUGUGCAUGAGCUUAGCCAAAAUUCAUGGCCUUGAUGGGUUGGACUUCUUGGAAAGUUUGAAUCUCACUGGGUGCGCUUCAAUUGAAAGGUUACCAAUUUUAUGUUGCUUUGACACCUUGAGAUGGUUGAGUAUCAAUGGCUGUGACAUGCUUCAGGAUAUUCAGAGCCUAGAGGGAUUCCCAUCCUGCGAAAGUCUAUGGAUUGAAGAUUGCCGGUUCUUAGCAGAAUUACCAAACUUGUCAAAUUUUCUUAAUUUACAAAAAUUGUUCCUGUCCAACUGUCAUGAACUUCGGGAGAUCCCGGGGCUUGAAAAGUCAAUAUCUCUAGAAUGUAUUGCUAUCUCAGGAUGUUCCUCGAUCGAGAUCUUGCCGGAUUUGUCGUCAUGUACCCGCUUGAUGAGUCUGAUUGUGCAAGAUUGCCAGAAAUUGACUGAGCUUCGAGGGCUCGAGAAAUUGGAGCAACUAGUGGAAUUGGACAUUUCUGGAUGCAAGUCACUCGAAACAAUUCCAAAAUUAUCUGGAACGGGACUUUAUCAGAAUUGCGAGAAAAAGCCAUUUGACUCAGAUGAUCCUAGAGUGAUACAAUUUGGAUUUUCACAUGUUGACUCAGAUGACUCGGAUGACUCGGAUGAGUCAGAUUACUAGAGAUAAUCCACAUUUUCUA